UAUACUCUACCUUUCAACCUAAGAUAUAUUUAUUAAAUUUAUGUUUUUGUUAUCAAGAAAUUUUCAUGGUUAAAUCAUGAAUCGGUCACAAAAGAUUUUAAAUUUAGUAACAACCUCUGAUAAGUAUUUACUAGACCUUCCAAAAUAUGAGUCAACUAAAGGAAGAACAAAACAGGAAAAGUUAAAAUCGUAAAACAUUAUAAAUAAUCAAGAGAACAAAGAAGCAAACGUAAAUAGAGAAAUACCUAUUGUUCAAGGUAUUACAGAACAAAAAGAUGAGAAAUUCAACAAACAGGCAAAAAUCGAAAAAUUGGAGAAGAAUUCGCUGUAAAAAGAAAGACAAAGUGUUGAUUCAUAUAUAGAGUCGGAAAAUAGUGACUCAGGAGAACCUUUUUGUUCUUCAGGUAGUCAAUAUAUUCCUGAUUCAAAUGACAACGAAUCUGAUGAAGAAACUGAAGAAGCCCAUAUUGAAAAUAGUCCACCAAAUUGUCCUUUGUCAACAAAUGAGACAGAGUCUGUUAAAAAAGGUAUUUUUUUUCUUUUUCGUUUAAAGUUAAAUGUUAGUCAUUUAUAUUUUUUAGCAAAUAAUUUGCAACCAAAAAAUAAUGUAGAUAGAGUUGUGGUAUCUUUUGGCAGCUUUGUGCGUACAUCAUCUGACAAAAUAGAACAAUAUACGAAUUGUAGACCAUGGACUAAAAAAUCUGCAUGUCCUAAUUGUUUUCAAGAGAUCACGCACUUCCCCCAGCACUUAAGACGAAAUCACGGCGAAGAAGGUGCAGUUAAGGAGAUAUUAGCUAUGUCCUGUUAGAAGAUCUAAAGCUAUUUACAACGCUACUGAAACAGAAAAUCUUGAAAAUUUUGAGGAAAAAUAUGUUGUAUGCUAUGUACAUCUAGGCCAAGUUCUGAUUUGUCAAAUCGGGAAAAACACUUGUCAAAUGCUCAAUUAUUUUCUGUGUGCUCUGGUAUAAAUGACGAUUUUUAUUCAACUUCACGUUUAAAAAAUAGAAGUGUUUCCCAUUAUGCGGAAUGAUGCAAUUUCAAAACUCGUAAUGAACGACGUACUUGUUUGCUGUUAUGCAGAUAAUUUGUUGCGAAAACAUAAACGCACACAAAUUAGAAACGUAAUUUCAAAUAAGAUGCGAGAAUUGGGACGCCUAUUACUUUUUUUGAAAAAUAUGACUGGACUUCAAAAACUCUUUGAUUUUUAAAAGCCUCAGUUUUCUGAUAAUUUUGUAGCAGCUACAAAAGUAAUUAGUGGGUAUGAUCCUGAAACUCGUUCUUUCAAAGCUAGUAGUGGAUAUAGCUAUGAAAAUGGUAAUAAAAAAAUCCCAUAUUUCCUUUUCUAAAACAGGAAAAAACAUUAAAAGAAAUUAAACAAAAAAAUGAAUUGAAAGCAGUUUGAAUUGUGAAAUUUCCAGUUUGGCUUAAAAAAUUUGAACAGGAAACAUUAUGAAAAGUCGAAAUUAUUACCCCUUACCAAAAAUGUUAUGCAAUUUCAAAAGUUUUUAUAUUCAGCAGCCAAGGAUGCAUGCAAAGUAUUACAAGAAAACUGCGAGAUUAAAUUAUUUUACAGGAGAUUAUGCAAAUGUAUUUUAGCAUUAACAUUGUUGUUAAAUAGAAAACGAUGAGGAGAAAUUCAGUAUUUAAAAAUAAAAACCUAUAAUAGCACAGUUUCUCAAAAUAACAAGAAGAAUUUUUUACUUCGCUUUCAAUCAAAAACAUUCAAGGGAGUUAUAACAGAAGGAAAAGGUAGUACACCCAUCGCAAUUUUGUUUCCCAUAUCCAUUCAAAAUUUUACAGAAAUAUUAUUUAGUGUCAGAAGCCUAGGCGUACCAGAAACAAAUGAAUAUUUAUUUGCGAUUCAUAAUACUACAAAUAGAUGGUUAAGUGGAUAUCACACUCAAAAUUAGCUGAAGAAUCUGGUGUUACAGAUAAAAGCCUCUUUAUUUAACACCAUUAAGAAAGCAGAUUGUCACUAUUUUACAGGUUUUAAAUUUGACCGAAGAUGAAAUAGAGCAAUUUGCAAGUUUUAUGGGUCACACACGAAAAACACAUGAAGCAUUUUACAGACUUCCACAAGACAUAUACCAAACCGCAAAGGUUUCUAAAUUGCUACUAGCAAUUAAUAAAGGGAAAGUCUCUUUAUAUAAGGGAAAAAACUUGAAUGAAAUUGGUCUGUCAGACAUAGAUGACUCAGACGAGGAAAAAGAAACCCUGAACGAUAAUGAAAAUAUUACGGAAAUACUAGAAUCACAAGUGGUUCAAAAUGUUAUUUGUAAUAAAAGUAAGAAUGAUCUUAAAGAAGAAGAAUUGAAAAAAAAAUUACAAGAAUUAAAUGGACAGAAGAACAGAAAAAAAUGA